CACGUCCGCGGUGUAACAACGUUCGGUCAGCGGUCAGAAUGCGAUGCACCGUCGGUAGUCUUCAAGUGGUGAUGGUCUGUGCCAUCUGUUGCGCAGAUUCAAUUUUCGCUUAUUCCCCGCUGCCUCUCGAGACCGUCAUCGCGCGGGUGAAUCGUGUGCCACACACAGUUUCCUUGCCGCCGGCAGAUGGCGUCCGGACGGCACGAAUCAUCGGUGGAAGUAAGACAACGAUCGAGGACGUUCCUUAUCAGGUUUCGCUCCGGUAUUUCAAUAAUCACAUCUGCGGUGGAUCCAUCAUAUCUCACUCGUGGGUACUGACGGCAGCCCACUGCCUAGAUUGGUAUCCCAACAAUGAUGAAAUUUCAGUCCGUUCCGGGAGCACCUAUCAAUCGACGGGUGGAUCGCUGCAUGCGGUAUUUUACUAUCACCUGCACGAGCACUACGACAUGGAGGAGUUUCAGUGGGACGUAGCCACAAUACGCGUCCGAUCGCCCAUGGUGACUGACCCGGCUAGAGCGCCCAUUCCGCUGUCACCGUUGCCCGAGUGGUCGAUGGCGCAGCGUGUUACGGUGGCCGGUUGGGGUUACUUGGCAUCCUCCGGCAAGGUCGUCGAUAGCUUGCAGAUGGUUCGGCUGGAUGUUGUUCCGCGGGAGAUUUGCAACCAGAGCUGGACCGGCUACAUUACGGACGACAUGAUUUGUGCCGGUGGUCCGGGUGUCGAUGCAUGCGCGGGUGACAGCGGCGGACCGGCGGUACAGGAUGGGCUGCAGUACGGAAUCGUGUCGUGGGGCGCCAUCGAGUGUGGGAACGGUCUGCCCGGAGUGUACACCAGCAUCGCUCAUCCGUCUGUUCGGAAUUUCAUUCGCCGUACCACGAUGGUGUAA